GGGGGGAGGACCAAUGGCAACAAAGGAGAAGGAGAGGACGGAGGCUCCUCCUCUCCAUCCCUCUCCCUCUGUCUGCUCUCUACRUGGAUAUAAUCCCUGAGCUGACCCAGAAAACUAACUCCUCCGACUGACCGACAAGCCGCACAGUUUGAAUCCGCCUCAGGGCUGCAUGUACCCGGGGACUCAUCUGAAGGAAGCRCCCGGUCCUGGUCUGACUUCAUUUGGACUCUUAUCACACUGGGUGAGACCACACAGCCAUGGCUGAACACAUGAUGAUGCCCAUGGCCCACAGCUUCAGGAUGGGCAUGAAUGGACCUCCACAACACAGCAGCCAGCGCGGACUUCCCAAUGGACAGGUUCUGCACUACGGAAGGAACCCUCAGAACAACUCCGAGGCUGCCAUGAGGCAGAGAUCCAACAUGAUGGGACCGGGAGGAAUGGGUGGCCAUGUGAAUGGAGCCUCUAUGGUCAGCCAUCAUCACCAGAUGAUGCCUGGGAACGUGAUGUAUAACAGUCCGGGCCCACAGCAGCACCACCACCACAUGCACCCCCAGCAGCAGCAGCAGGGUGGACACCCGCAGCAGUACCACCCCGGUAACCUCACCUCCCAGCAACUCAUGGCGAGCAUGCACCUGCAAAAACUCAACACUCAGUAUCACGGACACCCGCUGGGCUCGGCCGGUGGCCACCACAUGGCCAACGGAGCUCAGUACAGAGUGGGCCCGGCUCAGCUCUCGGGCAUUCAGCACAUUGGCGGGCCUUUGGGGCUCAAUGGAAUGGACGCUGAUUUAAUUGACGAGGAAGUUCUAACUUCUCUGGUGCUGGAGUUUGGUUUGGAUCGCGUUCAGGAGCUGCCGGAGCUCUUCCUGGGACAGAACGAGUUUGACUUCAUAUCGGACUUCGUGUGCAAACAGCAGCCAAGCACAGUGAACUGUUGAGCUGGAUGUUUGGAAAGGCCAAAAAUGACUGAGCGGCUACAGUAGCACAGCGAAAGGAGACAAUCUCUCAGUUCUAUUUGGGCGUGUUUGUCUUUAGGACAGUGUCUUGUUGUAUCGACGAUGAAAAAUCGUAGGGGGUUGGAGKGGGUGCAGUCAAAUGGCCAGGUUAGUCUUUUCUUUGAGCAGGUGAUCUGCUGUCUUWGGCCAAACAAAGGGGUCAUGAUGGACCCAUCUGGCUCUCAGUACAUGUGCCUCCAGUGCCAAGGCUUUUGGAAAACUGUAAAUUCAACAAACCCAAUGAAAGAUGACCUCCUGGAACUGUCCAGCUCUGUUCUGACUCUGUGGUGUCUGUAAAUGUGUGAUCACUGAUUAAAUCUAUAACUAGUAGCAGACAUCUUACAAAGCUUGUCUUCUGAAACUGUUUAUGCAAAGAUGAAGCUGUUCAAUGUGGGGGUUGAUUUUUUUGCGUGUGCAUAUUGAAGGCUGGCUCUUCAAAAUAACUUCAAACAAACAAAUAAACAACAAAAAAGCAUUUUCUUGAAUAGUUGAGAA